AUAGUUCUCGAGGGAUUUAGGAAUGUGACCAUUUUUGCAUUUUCAUGGAGAUAUAAAUGUAUCAUGCAUAGACUAAUUGAAGUAGUGUGUUUGAUAUUUCAAUUUGUACAAGUUGAAUUGCAGUGUUCAUACUCUGCUCUAGGCCAUGCAGAUUACAUAGGCUGUUUUGUAGAUUCCGAUCCUAUCAGAAAGUUUCCUUAUGUAUAUGGAAGCACACAUUUUUUAAGCUUGACCAUAGACUUCUGUAUACUUGGAUGUACAGAUGAUGGGUUUAAAUAUGCCGGAUUGCAGUCGCGACAAUGGUGCCAUUGUGGUAAUGACCCAUACUUGGAUCUUGUAAGCCAUCCAAAUGUCAGCGAUGCACAAUGUAAUACACCGUGUUAUGGGAAUUGGACACAAAUGUGUGGUGCAGAUUGGAGACUCUCUAUUUAUCGUAUAAGAGAAGUCAUAAGUGUUCCAACUUUUCAGCAGUAUGGAACAGCAUUCUACGGUAGAGCCAUUUCAACUCAGCCAUUGAAAUCAGAAGUUAUACACAGUAAUGGUUUGAAAGCGAAAGUUGACUGUGCAAAGGCCUGUGGAGAAAUCAUUGACUGUAAAGUGUUUUCUAUUUCCUCGCAGACUAAACUUUAUCACCUGUUUGAAAAGACUAUAAAGCUUUGUGAUGCCAAUAUAACGGAUCCAAAUACUUCAGUCCAUCUCCUUUUAUGAACAGUUUGUGAUUAUCUUAACUAUUAUUUAGCUAUCUUCCCAGUUUAAAAACACAUUUCAUAAUAAUGUAUAAUACACUAGAUGCCUCUAUCAUUUCGAGGUCAAGUCAUCUUAUUUGUUAUUUCACUGUGCAAUUUUUGAUUUACUUUUCCGACGUAUACAUGGAAAGAAAGGCAAUGGAGAUUAUUUUGUACAUUAGAACCCUUAUUUAGAUAUGAUAGUAGCAAUACUAGCAAAAGUUUGUUUUCAUGUUCAUUAUCUUAAA